AUGAUUCCUAGCGACGAUUCCUUUAUUAGUGAUGAAGAAGAAGAAUUCUGCCCACUUUGCGUGGAAGAAAUGGAUAUUUCAGAUAAAAACUUCAAGCCUUGCCCAUGUGGUUAUCAGAUCUGUCAGUUUUGUUACAAUAACAUUCGUCAGAAUCCAGAGUUAAACGGUAGGUGCCCCGCCUGUAGAAGACUUUAUGACGACGAAAGUGUCGAGUACAAGUCCAUCAGCACGGAAGAAUACCGCUCGCAGCAGGCCAAGCGUGAAAAAAGAGAAAGAGAGAAGAAGCAAAAGGAAAAGGAAAAGAAGGAGAAUGAAAUGGCCAACAAGAAGCACUUGGCAGGUUUAAGAGUGGUGCAGAAGAAUUUGGUCUACGUUACUGGCUUGAACCCGCCUUGUAGUGCGGAUGAUUUGCAUUCUGUUUUAAGAUCUGACAAAUACUUCGGACAGUAUGGGAAGAUCUCUAAAAUAGUCAUAAAUAGAAAAACCCCGGGCCCUGGUGGAAACAGCGGUAAUAACCCUGGAGGACAGCUUGGCGCAAUCCCGAAUUUACCAGCCUCAGCUAUGGCAUCAUCAGCAAGCCACCUGAACUCAGGUCUUGUAGUUUACGUUACAUUUGUGAAGAAAGAGGAUGCUUUGAAGUGUAUUAAUGAGUUAGACGGAUCGUUGUGUGAUGGUAGAGUGUUACGAGCUGCACAUGGUACCACCAAGUACUGUUCGUCCUACCUUAGAGGUCAUCCAUGUCCUAAUCCUAAUUGUAUGUUCUUACAUGAGCCUGGUGAAGAAGCAGACUCGUAUACCAGAAAGGACUUAUCUACCCAACAGGGUAUCAAGAUGGGUAUGAUGGGAAUGGGAUCUUCUAAACAUCAACAGAACCUGUCAUUACAUGGACAAUCUGGUAAUACAAGUCAAAACGAAAGCGGGGACGAGUACGACCAACAUACUGUCAGUGGUGGUAAUUCAGAUGAGGAAGGGGAAGGUUUAGAAUCAAAUCUCUUGCAUAAUCAACAAACUGCGGCUGCAGCUGCUGCGGUUGCGGCUGCCGCUGCUACAACUGGAGCUAUUGGAGCUAACUCUGUUCCUGGUCCUGUAUUACCUGCUAGUGCGCAUUGGGCUAAAGGUUCCAACUCUGCAAGUGUUUCGCCUGCGGUCAACAAUAAUGCAGCAUUAGCAAAUGUUGCUGCUUUCCCUACCUUGGGAGAAAUCUUCAAGGAACAGAAAAACCAACAAAGCAAGGACUCCAAACAAACAAAAGCAAAGAACGUCAACAAAUCUUCAAUCUUACUUCCCGAUGAUAUUGAUAUUGAUGACGACUCUGCAAUUCAAUUUAUUGAGGAUACAACUAGGCACUUGAAGAAUCUUUCUGAAAAGAAAGAAAAAUUGGCAGUUCAUUUCAAGAAAUUGAGUACUGGAGGUUCGAGUAUUCCAUUAUUUUCAUUCAAUAAAAGCGUAGAAUACACUAACAAUACAAAGCUCGAAGAAGAAAAGUUAAUUGCAAGACAGGUUAUUGAAAGAUUUAUUUUAAGACCGAUUAAGAAUUACCAUUUAGCAUAUCAAAAUCACCCUAUUAGUCAACAGCAGAUAUUGUUACAACAGGCUCAGCUUCAACAACAGCAACAACAGCAACAAGUUCAAGCUCAACAAGCGCACUUGACUCCAAGCAUCCAAGUAGCUCAAUUGCAGCAAUUGCAAUUAGAACAGCAGAAGAGGGCCCUAGAAGGUCAACAACAAGGAGGAAAUACACCUAAUUCUAGCCACAUUAAUGUAAAUGAGGAACCUCAUCAAUACCAUCAGCACUUGUUAUUGCAACAGUUACAGCAGCAACAAGCUCAGCAACAGCAACAGCAACAACUCCAACAACUUCAAUUCCAACAAGCUCAAUCCCAGCAAUUUCAACAACAAGGUCAAGCACAGGUGAAUAUGUUGAAAAUGAAUGAAAGAUCUUCCAAUGCUACCCCACCACCACCGGGAUUGUUUGCAGGAGGCAUGAAGCAAGCACAAGGUCCUCCUCAGCAACAGGUUUCCAACUCAGCCGGAAAUCAAUCCUCUUCUUCUCAAUUGUUAACACAAUUAAUGAGCGGAAAGAAGUAA